CCAAUUCACAUUUCAGUUAUGCAAAAAAGUUUUAUUUUCAUUUGCUCUAUAUAGAUGAAUAUUGAACAUGACUUUUGAUUCUAAACUGGUGGGCAGGAAAAAUUAACCUUGUCAAUCAAAGGUAUUGAUUGGUAUUCUUUUAUGUGUCAGCUAAGUUAAGACACUAACCAUUUCAAUCAAAAAUAUGAGUCAGAAUACAUGAAAGGGCUAACUUCUUCAUUCAUUUGCUCCCAUUUUCUCUUCGUCUUACUAACUUCCGUGGCAUUAGACACGAUCACUAUAGAUAAACCCAUUAGAGAUGGUGACACAAUUGUUUCAGCUGGUGAGUUUUAUGAACUUGGAUUUUUAAGCCCUGGAAAUUCCAAGGAUCGCUAUGUUGGGAUAUGGUACAAGAAGAUAUUACCUAAAACUGUCGUCUGGGUUGCCAAUAGAAACAUUCCCCUGAAUGACACUUCAGGAGUGUUAACACUAAGACCCAAUGGAAUUCUUGUACUUAUCAACAGUUCCAAUGCUUCAAUUUGGUCAUCAAACUUGUCAAGAUCCUUAAAGAAUCCAAAAGCACGGCUCCUGGAUUCUGGGAACCUUCUUAUCAGUGAUGGAAAUGAUAGGGACCCGGAAAUUAUUUUCACAUGGCAGAGUUUUGAUUUUCCAGGAAAUACUUUAUUGCCUGGCAUGAAGCUUGGACGUAAUUUGCUCACGGGCAUGGAUUGGUACACAUCGUCAUGGAAGAGUGCGGAUGAUCCUAGUCCGGGUGAAUAUGUAAACCGUCUUGAUUCUAAUGGAUACCCACGAUUACUCGUGUUGAAAAAUUCAUCUAUAGUGUAUAGCUCAGGGCCAUGGAAUGGUAUUGCAUUUAGUGGUAGUCCGAAUAAUAAACCAAAUACAUAUUAUACUUUCGAGUUUGUUGUUAAUCAACACGAAAUUUAUUACAAAUAUGAGAUUAGGAAUGUGUCCCUGCCCACCAGGGUGGUGAUCAACUCGGCUGGGGUGUUAGAACAUCUAACAUGGAUUGAGCGCAGUCAGAGCUGGUUUCUCUACUUGACAGCACAAUUUGACAACUGUGAUAGUUUUGCUUUAUGUGGUCCUUAUGCAAGUUGCAACAUCAAUAACUCUCCUCCAUGUGAGUGUCUGAGUGGUUUCAAGCCUAGGUAUCCUCAACAGUAUGCAGCAGACUGGUCUAGUGGUUGUGUAAGGAGAACUUCUUUGCAUUGUAACCAAGAUGGUUUUUUUAUAUUUACGGGUAUCAAGAUGCCGGAUUCUAGACACUCAUGGUAUAAUGAGAGCAUGAACCUUGAAGAAUGCAAGAAAUUGUGCUUGGCUGACUGCAAUUGUACAGCUUACUCGAAUCUUGACAUUAGAAAUGGCGGAAGUGGAUGCUUACAAUGGUUUGGUGAACUCAUUGAUAUUAGAGAGUUCAGCCAAAAUGAGCAGGACCUGUUCGUAAGAGUAGCUGCUUCAGAAUUAGUUUCUAUCACAGAUUCAGACAGGAAGCGAAGGAGAAAGAGGACCACCCUGAUUGCUGUCAUUUCAGUAGUAGUAGCAACAUUUAUCCUCAGCUUUUUAGCUUGGUUUUCCUUCCAAAGAAGGAAAAGAAGAACAGGUUCAGAAAAUGGAGAUGAGGACAUGGAGUUGCCAUUGUUUGAUUUAGUUACUGUUACUAGUGCCACUAAAAACUUCUCUUCUGCUAAUGUGAUUGGUGAGGGCGGUUUUGGACCGGUUUACAAGGGUAUUCUACCAAAUGGACAAGAGAUAGCAGUAAAGAGGCUAUCAAAGUAUUCUGGACAAGGCCUUCAAGAGUUAAAGAACGAAAUCGUUCUCAUUUCCAAGCUGCAACACAGGAACCUUGUCAAGCUUUUGGGUUGCUGCCUUGAAGAAGAAGAAAGGAUGCUAAUCUAUGAAUUUAUGCCAAACACUAGCUUGGACUAUUUCAUUUUUGAUCCAAGCAGAAAUACCUCACUUGCAUGGGAGAACCGCUUUGAAAUUGCAAUGGGAAUAUCUCGAGGUCUUCUUUAUCUUCACCAGGACUCAAGAUUAAGAAUUAUUCACAGGGAUCUCAAAACCAGCAACAUUUUAUUAGAUAGUGGCAUGAAUGCCAAAAUUUCUGAUUUCGGCCUUGCCAAAAUUUUGGGCGGAGACCAAGUGGAAGGAAAAACUAAGAGAGUAAUAGGGACAUAUGGAUAUAUGUCCCCAGAAUAUGCUGUUGAUGGGAAAUAUUCAGUAAAAUCAGAUGUAUUCAGUUUCGGCGUAAUCAUUCUAGAAAUAAUUAGUGGCAGAAGGAACAGGAAAUUUCAUCAUUUGGAACAUCAUCACAAUCUUUUGGGACAUGCGUGGUUACUUUGGAAUGAAGGCAAAGCGUUGGAACUGAUGGACGGAUGUUUGGAAGAAUCAUUUUCAGAAUCUCAAGUGUUUAGAUGCAUUCAAGUUGGUUUAUUGUGCGUCCAAAAACUCCCAGAGGAUAGGCCUACAAUGGCAUCAGUAGUUUUCUGGUUGGGAAAUGAAGAUAUGGUUCUUCCUCAACCAAAGCAGCCUGGUUUUUUUAUAGAGAGGAAUUCAAUGGAAUCAACAGAGUCAGCUGAUGAAGGAUGUCUAACUUACACCGGGUCAUUAACUGUUCUAGAGCCAAGAUAGACAUAAAAUCCCUGUUGGAACUUUUGAAAUGUGUCAACUUUGCCUUGUUUGUCAACAGUACUAGUGUAUAUUACACUAUAUAUAAGACGAAUAGAGGACAAUGGUCGAGUAUUUAUGCUUGUCAUUGACAUGCAUUCUGUUGGGAGUUGGGACCCUGAGAAGAAAUCUUCUUAAUAAUUUGUGAA